UAAUUGGAGCUGGCUGAUGCCAAUCGGAGGGAAAGAAUUUGCAGUUGGGAAUGUUUCUUCGUGUAGAAGGUAGACGCUGAAAUUGUAACAUUAACUCAUCACCUUUUUGAAGAAGGGAUCAAGAACUGUAAUUUGUUUCAAAAUGUAUGGCUUUGUCAAUCACGCCCUGGAACUCCUGGUUUUAAGAAAUUACGGCCCUGAAGUGUGGGAAGACAUCAAGAAAGAAGCUCAACUUGAUGUCGAAGGCCAGUUUCUGGUCAGAUUAAUUUAUGAAGAUGCCAAAACCUAUGAUCUCGUUGCUGCUGCAAGCAAAGUUCUGAGAAUUGAUGCUGGGGAGAUUCUGCAGAUGUUUGGAAAGAUGUUUUUUGAAUUCUGUCAAGAAUCAGGUUAUGAUACAAUUCUGCGGGUAUUGGGAUCCAACGUUCGAGAAUUUUUACAGAACCUUGAUGCCCUGCAUGACCACCUGGGUACUAUCUAUCCAGGGAUGAGGGCUCCAUCCUUCAGAUGCACUGAUGCAGAAAAAGGAAACAAUCUUAUCUUGCACUACUACUCAGAAAGGGAAGGAUUGCAAGAUAUAGUUAUCGGGAUCAUUAAAACGGUGGCACAACAGAUUCAUGGAACUGAAAUAGAAAUGAAGGUCAUCCAGCAAAAAAGUGAGGAGUGCGAUCACAUCAAAUUUCUUAUUGAAGAGAAAGACUCGGAAGAGGAGGCCUUUUAUGAGGAUUUGGAUGGCUUUGAAGAGAAUGGUACCCAGGAAACCAGAAUCAGUCCAUACACUUUCUGCAAGGCCUUCCCUUUUCACAUUAUGUUUGACAGAGACUUAGUGCUCACACAGUGUGGAAAUGCUAUCUUUCGAGUACUUCCACAGCUCCAGCCUGGAAGCUGUAACCUGCCAUCAGUUUUUUCUCUGGUUCGCCCCCACAUUGACUUCAGUUUCCAUGGAAUCCUCUCUCACAUCAACACUGUUUUUGUGUUGAGAAGCAAGGAGGGUUUGCUGAAUGUUGAGAAGUCCGAGUGUGAAGAUGAACUGACUGGUGCUGAGACCAGCUGUUUGAGGCUCAAGGGCCAAAUGAUUUAUUUGCCGGAGGCUGACAACAUCCUCUUUCUUUGUUCCCCAAGCGUGAUGAACCUUGAUGAUCUGACCAGGAGGGGAUUGUAUCUGAGUGACAUUCCCCUUCACGACGCCACGAGGGAUCUAGUGCUGUUGGGGGAGCAGUUCAGGGAGGAAUACAAACUGACGCAGGAGCUGGAGAUCCUGACAGACCGACUGCAGCACACCCUCCGGGCCCUGGAGGACGAGAAGAAGAAGACUGACAGAUUGCUGUAUUCUGUUCUUCCACCAUCUGUAGCCAAUGAGUUGAGGCACAAACGUCCAGUUCCAGCAAAGCGCUAUGACAAUGUGACCAUACUCUUCAGUGGCAUUGUUGGGUUUAAUACCUUUUGCAGCAAACAUGCUUCAGCUGAGGGAGCUAUUAAGAUAGUCAACCUGCUAAAUGACCUGUACACAAGGUUUGACAUUCUGACAGAUUCACGAAAGAACCCAUAUGUUUACAAGGUGGAAACUGUUGGGGACAAAUACAUGACUGUUAGUGGUCUCCCAGAGCCCUGCACUCACCAUGCUCAAUCUAUCUGCCACUUGUCUUUGGAUAUGAUGGAAAUUGCUGGACAAGUCAAAGUUGAUGGAGAACCAGUACAGAUAACUAUUGGCAUACACACUGGAGAGGUUGUUACUGGUGUAAUAGGGCAGAGAAUGCCCCGUUACUGUCUUUUUGGAAAUACAGUAAAUCUCACAAGCCGAACAGAAACCACUGGAGAAAAGGGGAAGAUAAAUGUUUCAGAAUAUACUUACAGGUGUCUCUUGUCAGCUGAAAAUGCAGACCCCCAGUUUCAGUUGGAAUACCGUGGACCUGUAGCUAUGAAGGGCAAGAAGGAACCAAUGAAAGUGUGGUUUUUAUCCAGAAAAUGUGCAGAAACUGACUAAUCAAGAGGAAACUGUCAUUCAUACUGAAUGCUGGGACAACAGCAUCUCCUUUUAUAAUGCAAUUUCCAUUACAUUGUUAACAUAACCAAUACAUGUUUUUGGCUUUAGCCAGUAUUUUGAGUAGAGAAGGUAAAUUAUUUAAGAUUCAAAUCACAUUUUGCCAAAUCAAAGGGAUUGAAAACCACCUAAGCAUUUCUCUUUUGCACCAUUAUGUUAUUACAUUAUUUGCACAUUUUUGUUUCUCCUGUGUAGUUUUGAAGCAAGUGUUUGAUCUUCCUUUUGAAGUUUUUUUUUAAUUUCUAUUUAUAUAUGAGAUGUAUUCAGCUGUGCUUUUAAGGUUUGACCUUUUGAUAAGGAAAACAUGCAUGUUUUAUAUAAUAAUGCACAGCCAUUUAUACCUCCUGACUGUACUACUAAUCCGUUCCGCAAGUCAGUGACUUUGAUAACUAUUAUAACAAAGUUAUAGAUUUUAUAUUUUCACAUUUCAUUGUUAGUAUAUGUAUAACCUGUAAGUUUUUUGUUCACUGAAAAGUACACUUACAAAUUGAAAUUCACACAGGAAGAUAUUGUACCAGAAAUUAGUUUCAAGGUACUGUAUUUAUGGAUUUCAAUAUACUGUACAUGCACAUUUUAAGAAUGUUCUUAAUGCAGCCAACUGUAAAGUGCAGUUGUGUAUGUGAUGUUCCAUUUUAGACAGUGAUGUAUACCCCAGAAAGUCAAAUGUAUGUGUGCCAAAUGCCUCACUGUGGAAAAUGAUGGAUAUAUUUCUUCUGCAAGUGAUUGCUGUUAUUCAUUUGGUCUUUAACUGUCGGCCUGUUGUUCAUUGUGUGCUGCUAAAAUGCUCCUUACAUUUAAUCUGUGUAAUAGUAUAUGUCAUGACUGUAAAUUUAACAUGACUGACUGUUUGCAGUAUUAACCUUACAAAGAUGUUAUUUAAAAUUAAUUUCACUAAUACUUUUGUACAUUUAAAAGAAGAGACAAAUGAUCUAAAAAAUAAAGAAUGUUUGUGCUUAUUAAAACUAAGUAUAAAGCAGAA